AUGAAAAGAAAAUAAACAAUAAAUGUUGAUUACUAAGACAUGAUACAAUAAGCUAAGAGCAUGUUUAAUUUAAGUUAAGAUGAAAUAAAUGAGAUUAUAGUAGAGGUCAAAAAAUUUGAUACUAAAGGGACUGGAUAUGUAGGUAAACAUGAAGUAGAUGAUGUUUUAAGAGGUAGUUACAUUUUUAAUUAUUAAGAUCUAAAACUUUUAGAUAAUGAAAAGUUGAUAGCUAAGUUUAAUGAAGAAUUAAAAAUAAUGAAUGCCAAGUUUCUUGACUUUAAACAGAUUUGUGAUUUGUAUUGUAAAUUAAAACAAUACUAGUAAUAAUUAAAUGAAGAAGAAACUAUCACUCAAGAAUAUAGUAAUAUUUAUAUAUAAUCUUUAGUUGAUGCAUUUUGUGCCUUAGGAGGUUAACUAGAUAAAUCUGGAUUUGUAUUAAAAUCUACUAUAAUUGAAACAAUAAAAAGAGAAUUUGAACUAAAUUUAGAAUUGGAUUCAAUCUUAGGAGAUUUUCAUGGAACCUAACUAGAUUUUGAUGAGUUUUGUUAAUUAUUUGAGAAUGCUGGAGAUGAUGGUAAAUCAUUUAUUACUGUAUCAAUUUGAUCUAGCUAUAGAGUGUGUCAUUAUCAAAAAGAAAUCAAAAUGAUUUUGUAGUAAGAUACAAGGACUUUGAAAAAUGGGAAAAAUUAGUUAAUUGA